AUGGCUUCACGAUUCAAAUCUGUUAUUUUACGUCACACCGACUCAAUAAAACGGUCGAACCUUAGUGGAAUCAAAGACACUAUUCGUAGCCGUGUUACCACUGCGAACCACGAUAACGGUUACGGUACAAAUGAGUUUAUUCAUUUGAAAUUUUACGAUGAUGAUAAUUAUCUAUCGAUUGUUAAAUGUAUCAAUGGAGGCUAUUACAUCAUUGAAGAUAUGCUAAAAUUCAUGUCAAACUAUAACGAUUGCGGUCAAAAACAUAUUGACAAUCUUAAAUCAUGUUCGAAAAAAUCGAAAUCAAAAGUGAAAGCUCAAUCAACACUUUCAUCUUACCAUACAACUAGAGCAGCUCAAUUAAAAACUAUUUGUGCACCUUCAUUAGAAGCUGAAUACUUACAAGCUCGUCAUGAUGCAAUUCAAGAAGUUAUCGACGAAUGCCGUACUAAAUUAAACAGAAUCUAUCCAAAGAAAAGUUCAAACUCGAGCCCUAAACAUAAUCGAACAGAUUACAUGAUCGAUUCCUUCGAAGCAGCACGUUCAGUUUUAUUGAACUUAUCAGAAAAACUCGAGAAAUUAAAGGAACAAAAAAGGAAGAAAGACGCGGCGCUGUUAGAGGCAAAAAUUCUAUGUGAAAAUCUUAGCUACACUCAUGGAGUAAAGGAAAGUAAAACCGAAAAAGCAAGCAAUAGCAGAAAAAAGCAUGAACAACAAUUGGAAGAAAUCGAAAAUGACAUUGCACGAUCUGAAGAUGAAUAUGAGCAAGAAAAGAAAACUUAUCGUGUUGAAGCAAGACGAAUUUAUGAAAAAUGUCGAGUAUUGGAAGAAGAACGAUUAGAAUUAAUUGAAGACACCUUAAUAAAAUUUGUCAAAGCAGCUUAUUCAUCUGAAAAUUCAAUGCAAUACCGUGCAAUCUACAAAGAACUUAAAUCCUACUUCAUAGAUGAACUAAAUAUUACAGAAGAUCUCGACUUUUGGGCACAAACUUAUGGUGUUUACGAUUCUACAAGGUCUCUAUCAACGGAAACUAACCAAAAUGAUGAUGCUCACGACGACGACGACGGCGAAGAAGAAGAAGAACAAGAAGAACCAUCAUCAGCAGAUACUACUACAAGUAGCACAAAAACUAAAUCCAAGAAAAAUCAAAAACAAGAUCUACUUUAG